AUGCUGCCGGGCCCGAGCUACAACGCGGAGAAGAUCUUCGACACGGUGGUGUGGCAGACGCGGUGCCACCUCACCAGUUGCAGGAACAAGGACGAGAUCCUGGCGAGGCUCCACAAGAUCGAGGCCGACAAGCAGAAGUACACGGAGGGCGUGGAGCAGCACCAUCGCGGAGAAGGCAGCACUGCUGGGCGGGCAGCUAGGGGCGGCCCUGGGCCAGGAUUACAGGCGGCGGUGGGCGGUGCUGGGCAAGUUCUUGGAGGAGCUACUGCUGUUCCUCGCGCCGACGGACAACGUGGACAUCCACACCGAGGUGCUCGGCACCGGUGA